AUGAAUCCAAAUGAAUGCAGUUCUGAAGGAAAUAAGACCCUAUUAAAAACAAAAGACAUUGACAAUGGUUCUGGUAUAUUGACGGAGAAGAAUCACGGAUAUCCUUUCUACAGAAGGUCUUCCAAUCCAGUGAAGCAAAAUUCCAGUCCAGCAUUUCUGUCAUCACUUAAUAAAGGAUUUUUUGAAGUUGUGGAUCCCAUUGACUUUGAAGAACAAAUUGUUGGUCAAGAAGUUGACCCCAGCUUGAAGGUCUUGCAUGAUUUUCCUCCAGAUGACAUUGAGAUUUCUGUCAUUCCUAGACAGUUUCGAACAGUCACACCCUCUCUGCCAGAGAAAAUUGAUGAUCUCAAUGAACAAGUCCAGGACUGUGUUAAAACAUAUACAAAGGACUGGGUAGUUUUUACUCGAAGAUAUCAGAAGACUAUAAAUGCCUCCAAUCAGGGAAAGUUAAAAUGUCUUCCGUACCAUGUAUUUAAGAGUGAUGGAGAAACAGACUUCAACCAGGACAGACAGCAGCAGUGGUGUAGUUAUGAGCUCCAAACAGACCUUCAGAGACUUUACCCUGGAAAGUGCAGUGUGGCAACACUUCAAGAAACCGACUUGCGAAAUGAAAGAGCUCGUAAGACCAACCGUCAACAAGAACUGUUCCUGCUUUAUCAAGCAAAUGAGCAGGAAGAAAUCCGAAGGCAUCACUUGAUUCCAGAUAUACCCCAGGAAGAGUUUGCACACAGGUUCCUCAUCAACUGCCUUGAAUUAAAGUUUGAAAUCGAGAUCGAGCCACUAUUUGCAAGUUUAGCCUUAUAUGAUAUGAGGGAAAAGAAAAAGAUUUCAGAGAAUUUUUAUGUUGAUCUGAACUCCUCUGAGAUGAGGUCCUGUUGCCAAUUGGAGCCCAGUUCUGAACAGGCCAAUUAUAUUACUUCAGCUAUUUUUUCUGUGACUAACCUGUCUUCAGACAUUUACUUGGUCAUUAAGGUUGAAAAGAUCUUGCAGCAGGGAAGCAUCAGUGAAAGUGUGGAGCCUUAUAUCUCGUUCAAGGAAAAGGAAACCAUAAAGAAUAAAGAAAAAAUUGAUAAGCUUAAGCUGCAGGCCCAGUCCUUUUGCCAGUAUUUUGGUACAUACCGUAUGCCUGUUGCCUGGAUGUCAGUCAAUAUAAUGAGCAUUCUAAAUGGUACGCAGGGCUUGGGAGAUACAGAGAACAUCAGUACAGGAUAUCCUGCUGAAGAGAUGAUGAUGAAACCAACUCUACCAGAAGACAGACAGUCCAGCUUUGGUUACAGACCACUUCAGCACACUGUCUCAACAUUUUAUAAACAGCAAAUAAUGAUGAAGGCAUGGCCUAAAGUGGACAUAGAACAGACUAAUCUAAAUGUGUUUUCUAUAAGUGAAGUAAGUGAAGAUAUGCAGAUAUUUUUAAUCAGAACCUCUUGGCUACUUUCAGGAUAUCCUGCUGAAGAGAUGAUGAUGAAACCAAGUUCACCAGAAGACAGACAGUCCAGCUUUGGUUACAGACCACUUCAGCACACUGUCUCAACAUUUUAUAAACAGGAGGAAGAUAAACUAAGUGAUGAAGACAUCAUGAAAUUUAUUACUGAAGAGAAAAAAUAUUCACAGAUAUUGAAAAAGCAAAGGAAAAUAUCAGGUUCUUUCAAGUUUGAGAUCUCACCUAUAAAAGAGGGCCCAAGCUUCUGUCUCACACCUGAAUUCCUUGAGGUUCAGACACAGUCAGAUCUUCAAGGAACAGCACUAGAAAUCCUAGAGUUUCCUGUCAAAGAAAUGUAUACUCCACACAUGGCGUACAGGAAUCUCCUGUAUGUAUACCCUCUGUCACUGAAUUAUCGUCAGGGAUCCAGCCGAAAUAUUACUGUUCAAAUUCAGGUCAUGCGCAAAGAAGAUCAAAAUGAUCCUUUAAGGAUCAUUUUUGGAAAGUCAGGCUUCCCUGAAUACGUAUCUAAAAUAUUCACAGCAGUGACAUAUCAUAACAAGUUUCCUCAUUUUUAUGAAGAAGUGAAAAUCAGAUUACCUGUCAACUUAUCAGAAGAAAACCAUUUACUAUUCACAUUCUAUAACAUUAAUUGUCAAUUAAAAGCAAAUCAGGGUAUACCCAGAAGAGAGCCCGUCGGCUAUGCAUGGCUUCGUCUUGUGCAAGAUGGAUAUGUGCAAAAUGGUACAUUUGAGCUUCCUGUUGCUUUGGAAAAGCCCACUAAUUCAUAUUUAUCUAAUAACUCUGUGUCUGGUAUUAAGUGGCUGGAAAACAAGAAGGCACUAUUCAAAGUGGAACUGCGCUUAAUGUCGUCUGUGCAUUCACAGGACAGAAAUGUGAGUGAUUUUUUGUCCAAUUGUCAGUAUCUGGACAGGGAUCUAUUGCUUCCACAGCAGCUGGACAUUGUGAAGAGAUGCGUCUCCAACCUCCCCAAUGCCAAGCAUGAAGAACUGGUGAAGUUUCUGCAUAUCAUCCUUGACAAACUGCUUGAACUUCUGACCAAAGCUAUGCCAGGCAAAGCUGACAUUUCAAGUGACAUUUUUGCAACCUUGGUGACAAUCGUGGACUCCCUUGAGAAAAAUGAAGAGAUGAAAAAAGAUUUAAUGGGCCGCAACAGUCUGUUAGCUUCGUAUGUUUAUUAUGUAUUCGAUACAUCUGGUUUACCUCAUAAACCUGGUCAUGCCAAACAAAGCUUUACUUCAUUAAGCUAUGGAACCCAGGAUGAUGGAGUACAGAGUAGCCCUAAACACAGCGUGACUGAAGCUGAAAUGGAUACUACUUCACUACAACCAAAGAAGCCCUUUCAUGAGGAACUUGCUUGUCAUAUUAUCCGUAGUUUUGAUGCUUCAAACAGUAUGGUAUUCGAGCAUGCCUGGUUCUUUUUUGAUCUACUGGUGAAGAGUAUGAGCAGGUAUCUGUCUGACACUCAACAGCUGAAUGGUCCCCGUAAUCAGAGGUUCACCGACUUUUACAACGGCCUGAUCAACACUAUCAUCAGCAUUGCUGGCAGUUUUGUUGUAUCACAGCAAUCUAGUUUUUCAGAGAAGCUGAAUCUGCAAGUCGCCUAUUUCGUCAGUAAUCUUUUGUCACUAAUGGACAGAGGAUAUGUUCUGCAACUUAUCAGCAGUUACUAUAAACUGGUAAAUAGCAAGUUGGCAGAGCAAUGGCUCCAUCUUGUGGAGAAACGUCUUGAUUUCUUGAAGAUUAUUUGUAGCCAUGAACAUUUUAUCAUCCUCAACCUCCCUUUCAGCACUUACUUAAUGGAUGAGCAGGACACAGACAGUAUGAAGUCUUUUCAGGAUGCUAGCAUGCAGGAGGUCUUCAGUGAGGAAUACCGAGCAUCUGCUGGAUUCCGUCAGCACCACUUUUUAGUAGGGCUGCUAUUCAAUGAGCUAAACAGCAUAUUCUGUGUGCCAUCAGAAGGGGUGAUCAGGAAAGAAACUGUGACCAUGGUUCAAAGGAUCCUGGCAUCACAUGACUCUGACCCUCGAUAUUCAGAGCCUGAGGUCAAAGCAAUAAUAGCCUCAAUGUAUCUACUUUUGUUACCACUGAUAAUGGACAAGCUUCCUCACCUCUGUAAUUUUACAGAUUCAGAAAAUCUUAAGUCUAAAUGCAGUGCUGUAACACCCGACAAAGAAUUUCCCAGCUACCUGACAGACCUGUUUCCUAUGACAACAAGAUCAUUACCAUCCAGAACUUCAUUGUGUAGCACGUCACAGAAGCCAGCUUUUAUGAUGUCUGUGGAGGUGAGCUGGACUCUGCUGUUCUGCUUUCUGUGGGUUUUGAAAAAUGCCGAUGCAGAUGUUAUUGCAAAGUGGGCUUCACAACUGAAUGACUCACAACUACGAACACUGCUGGAGACCCUCAAUCUGUGCCUCUCGUGUUUUGAAUAUGAGCCUCAAGAAAGUGCCAGUAUUAACAAGAAAUCUAGGGAAGUGAAGUCUUUGAUAGAGGAAACAAUCUUUGGGACAGCUGGUGCAAGAAGUGUUAUGAUGAAACGACAUGGGUAUGCAGGCAUUGACAAGCUAGUUCCUGGAGGCAACCCUGGAAGACAGGAAAAAUUGAGAUGGAGAAAAGAUCAAACUCGAUGGCGUCAACAAGCAGAUAAAGAAAAAAUGGUCAAUAAAAUUAAAGCAGAACAGGAUCAAGAUGACCUGAUAAAAAGAAAUCUCGCAACAGAAGUCAAUCUAAUUGUUGUCGACACGCUUGAAAUAAUUGUACAGCGCUGCCUUAAAGAACACAAUAAGAACGUUAUAUUUGAUUGGGUACUUUCGGUUCUCCUUCACAGCCUGGCCUGCAAUCACACGCCAUCCUACUUACAGCACUGCUUGAAUACACAGAGAGCCUUUGUAGCCAAGUAUCCUGAACUCUUCUUUGAAGAUGAGACAGAGCGUUGCAAGGAUCUUUCGGUCUGUUUACUGCAGCAAUGUACUAGCAGAUUGCAGAGUACAAGUGACCAAGCCAGCGCCUCUUUGUAUCUGUUAAUGAGACAUAGCUAUAAGAAGCAUUUCCCAAAAGUGAAGUUACACAUCACAGUGGCCCUCGCUAACAUUGUAGCUAACACCUCAAAUUCGGAUGAAGAUGAAUCCCUUCUGCAAACCCUUCACCGCCUGCAAAACCUAAGUGAAAAUGAUGCAGAAAUGAAAGACACGGAUUUUCCUUUGCAGGUGGAAGUUUUAGUGCAUAACCUGAAGACAGUCCUUGUAAAUACAGCAAAACUACAAGAACUUCAUGCUGAUCCCUACAUGGAGAUUGAUGUUAUGUACACAAUUGCAAAGAGUUAUCAGACUUCGGUGGGUCUCCGUCUGUUGUGGUUAGAAAAGAUGGCAGAAAGACACAAGGAGUAUCAGAACUACUCGGAGGCAGCCCAGUGCCUUGUGCAUGCAGCAGCUCUGGUCUCUGAGUACUUAAAUAUGGUUGAAGACCACCCCUAUAUGCCUGUGGGUAGCAUAAGCUUCCAGAAGAUCUCAUGCAAUGUUUUAGAGGAAUCCCUGGUGUCUGAUGAUGUUGUCACUACUGAGGAAGCCAAAAUCAACGCUGAGAGCUUCAUCAGUGAGGAAGGGCUGGUCCGAUUACUUGAGCAAGCAUCAGAACUGUUUAUUGAAGCUGAGUUAUAUGAGGUCGUAAAUGAUGUAUACAAGAUUAUUAUUCCCAUUCUGGAAGCCAGUCGAAACAUUCAGAAACUUUCCGAUAUUUAUGGGAAACUUCAGAGUACCCUUAAUGUGAUUAUCAGCAAGGAAGGUAAAAGAAUUUUCGGGACAUUCUUCCGUGUGGGAUUUUAUGGACCUCUCUUUAGGGACUUGAAUGGACAGGAGUUUGUAUAUAAAGAACCUGGUAUCACUAGGUUGGCUGAAAUGUCUUACAAGCUGGAGGAGUUCUACAAGAAUGAACUGGGAGGGAACACUGUGGAAGUAAUAAAAGACUCCAGCCCUGUUGAUGUCAAGUUGCUGGAUCCCAGGAAGGCAUAUAUCCAAAUUACAUAUGUUGAACCGUGUUUUGACGAGUAUGAUCUGAAACACCGCAUCAGUGCAUUUGAGAGAAACUUCAACCUCAGAUCAUUUGUAUACAGCACACCUUUCACGCGGGAUGGAAGACCACAUGGAGAACUUCAUGAACAAUUUAAACGCAAAACCAUUCUCACAACUUCCAGUGCAUUCCCCUACGUCAAAACCAGGAUCAGUGUAACAAGAAAAGAAGAGAUGGAGCUGACUCCCAUUGAAGCUGCAAUAGAAGACAUGCAGAAGAAGACACAGGAGCUGGCCUCUGCAACUCAGCAAGAGCCUCCUAGUCCAAAGAUUCUGCAGAUGGUCCUACAGGGAUCCGUGGGGACCACUGUCAAUCAGGGACCACUGGAGGUGGCACAAGUGUUUCUUGCAAACAUUCCUGAGGACCCACGAUUGUUUAAACACCACAACAAGCUGCGACUGUGCUUUAAGGAAUUUCUCAGAAGGUCAGAAGAAGCCUUGGCAAAAAACAGAACACUAAUUGCCCCUGAGCAGCUGGACUAUCAUCUUGAACUUCAGCGCAAUUUCUUUCAGCUCCAGAAUGCUUGCAGCCGUUUAUCAACCGGAGGAUUCCCCAGAUGUAUGCCAGCUCUAACAGUCAUGGCAUUAUCUUCAGUUGAUUGUCCAUGUGCUGGCUAGACCAAUUAAUGCAGUAACUAUGCAUGUGUGUGUGUGUUUGUGUGUGUGUGCGCGCGUUUUCCUGCACAUGCACAAAUAAGCAACAUUUUACAAAGUAUAACUUCAAAAGCAUGACUGAACAACAGACUACUAAAAAGGUAUAAUAAUGGGAAGCAAAAGACACAGCAAGAUAUUAAUAAUCACAGAGGCAAACUUUUAUUUACAAAACCAUAACUGCUUUUGUCUUAUAAACUAAAGAUUUCAUCAAAUAAGCAACAAAAUCAUUCAAGACAAUUUAAAGCAUGGCAUUGUAGUUUUAAUACUACCUUUUCUUUGGAUAGUGGAUUCAUUAAAUCCAUUCUAAAUAAGAACUGAUGUGUGAUGGGAGAUGAUUUAGAAGUUCAGAAUAAGCUAGGGGCAAAACCAAUAGUAGUAUAUAAAAAGGGUAUUAGUUUUAAGACAUUUUUUGAAUCUUCUAGAUUCGUUCCCCCCCACUGUUGGUAACAGGAAUGGUUCAGUGUUUGAAGUGUAAAUAUUAUAGUUUUGUCCUUUCAGGAGAUAGAUUUAAGGUAAAUGGGAUCUUUGUUAAUAUACAGGGUGUUUGUUGUUCAAAGGAUGUUGUUUACAUUGCAACUUGUCAAUCCUGUUUAUGUUUUUAUGUAGGAAAAACAGAACAGCAAAUGAAACAAAGAAUAUAUGAAAAUUUAUGGGAUAUUAAGAAUGUUAGUAUUACAAAUGCCCUUGCUAAGCAUAUUAAAUUAUAGCCAAACCAUUGUCUUAAAUUCCUUAUAGUGUAACAACUAGUUCUGAAUGUCAGGGGUGGUUCGUGGGGUUUGAAAUUAGAAAGAAGGGAGCUUGCUUGGCAGCUUUGCUUGAAUGCAGGCUCUUUCCCAGGUAUUAAUGGCAUGAUAUCCGUUGUACCUUUAUUGAAACUUAAACAUUAAGAUGGCUAAGUCCAACAAUGCCAAUUAUGAGGUUAAGUUAGCCUCACAGGCUAAAGAUGACCACAAGGCCUUCUAUAGCUAUGUACAAAACCUCAAAGGCAGCACACAUCAGUGUGCCGAACUGGUGGUCAGUGGUGCUACCUUCACUGAGCAGAGCAAAAAUAGCAAAUUUUCUGGCUGCCAAAUUAAGCUCAAACUUCACCUCCACCCAUGAAAUACCUACUAAUAUAUCCCCCCUAACCAUUAACAAGGAGCAGGUCCUGGCGGCAAUCCAUAAGUCUAAAACACAGCCUCAGUGAGCUCUGACAGUCUCAAAACAGUUUUUUAUCAUGAGAAUGGAGGACAGCAGUGGUUAUCCAACUUCAUGAGGGUGGAUCAUCAACCGACCCUGGAAGCCCCAGACCUAUUACUCUGAGUAGUCUAAUAUACAAGACUGUGGAAUGAAUUACCAUGGAAAUGAUCAAUAAAGACAUAGGCAACCUUCAGACAUUGGAUGCAUCCCAGUUUUGACUUUGUCAAGGGAAAGUCAUGUUUACUAAACCUGGUGGACCACUUAGAGAAGAUCACCAAGGCACUGGAUGAUGGGAAAAAGAUAAAUAAUGCCUACCUGUACCUGGGUAUGGUGUUCGAUAUAAUCCCCCCACUCAUUUAUACUUGACAAACUCAAAAAACUGGGCAUAAAUACCUACAUAACUUGCUGGAUUGCUAAUUGGCUCACAGAGAGCAUUCAGGAAGUCAGGAUUGUUGAGACUACCUCCACUAAAAGACCAGCCACCAGCAAAGUAUCUCAGGGCUCCGUGUUGGGACCGCUCUUAUUUAGCAUCUACUUCUCAGAGGUAAAGGCUAAUGUCAAUGGCUGACCAAGUACAGAGAUGACUGCAAAUUGGGGGCUUUCAUCGAUUCAAGGUAUUAAAAAAAAUCAUUCAGUGUCACCCAAUGUAUAAAUAAGUAUGGCAUCUAGGUCCAAGAAAGUAAUAGUGCCACAUUAUUUCAACCCUUAUCAGAUCCAUGCAUUGAGUAUAAUGCCACCUUCCUCAUGUACCUGUCCAGACAUACGCAACAGUUGGAACUUCCCAUAAAGGUUUCCUUACCAGGAGACUUCAGGGUGUAAACACAUUGUCAUAUGCAGAUCACCUUAAAGCCCCAUCUCUUUACUUGGUCUCCUACAGGUUACUGAGAGGUGACCUAUGCCUGGCAUGCACUUUAUCCACAAAUCCAAAAAUGAAAAUGAACAGCAUCAGAACCACUAGAUCCAAGGAUUCAUAUUUAGCUUAUGAGAUAAAUAAGACAUGUUGGUGAGCCAGGUAUGUGUCUCAGAGGAUCCCCAUUCUCUGGAACAGUCUACCUAUCCAAGUAAAUCAGAAUCCAUCCCUAACCCUAUUUAGCAUGACUUUGACCAAUGGAUGGGAAAUUCACCCUAGGUCUGGCCCCCAAUGUCUCUGAUAAACAGAGGCAGAAAGUAAUGCCCAAACUAGCAUAACCCCCAGUCUCACACACACACACACACACACACACACACACACA